GCAGAAGCCAGCCUCUUUCACUUUUCAAGAUUUGCAGUUUGCUAUGGAUGGACGUAUCAACCUGCAGCCUAUGCUGCCGCUUCGUGAGGCCAUAGAGCAUGACGACAACUGGACAGGCCUGGUGGAUGCACGAGAGAGGCGUAGGCGACAGAACCGGUUGAAUCAGAGGGCGCACCGCCGCCGCAAAGAACAAUCCCUAGCUCUACAGGUCUCAGACAGACCAGCGAGGGCGGAGGUGCAGCUGUACUUCCCGCUCUCCCUCGACCACCUCCUCACCUUGGUCCAGUUCAACACCUAUCGCGGCCUCCUCACCAACGCGAAGAUCCUUUCAUUGCCUACGAUUUACUCGUGUGGGGAUCCUACAUCUCCACUUGCUACCUCGUGUGCGUCGCAGUUUGACCCCGGCAUCCCACCUGUCAGCGCACAUGCCAUAUUAGGCCAAAGGCUCCCGCCGCAGCUCCUCCCAACCCCCCUCCAACUCGCCACCCCACACGAGCCCUGGAUCGACAUAUUCCCUCUCUCGAUCCUACGAGACAAUUUACUCCGCCUCCGCGGAGGCCUCGACUCGUGCGACCUGUGCGACGAUAUCCUCGGUGCGUUAUUCAACGGCCAGGAUCUCGAUACGGUCUCCAAGUACAAGGAGCGCAACGGGUUGAUUAUCUGGGGCGAGCCGUGGGACGUGAGGUCCUGGGAACUGAUGGAAGGGUUUGUGGAUAAGUGGGGGUUUUUGCUGGAGGGUUGUGAGGUUCUUAUUGAGGGGUCGAAUCGGUGGAGGGCUGUUAGAGGAGAGGGGCCUUUGGUACUUGGCUCGUAAGUACAGGGAGUAUAUCGCACAUGGUGAACGCGAUGAAGACGUUUGUGUUUUGUUUAUGUGGGAGCUGGGAGGGUAUUGUUAGGGAAGGCGUGAGGAUCUCGCUCCGCUGGAACCCUCUUCUAUAAUACACAGAACGAUCCUUACCUGCAGCUACAUCAUUGCCGGGACAGCUGAAUCCAUCGCCAUUCGUCCUACCUAGUUACAGUAUUCUCACCAUGUAGUCAAUUGGGGCAGUGCAUUUUAUUACUAAUCUGAUGCGGCUCGCAAGGCUGUUGUCCAGCCGCUUAGUAACGUGGUGUGGUAGCACAGCGAC